AUGUUGCGGUUAAGCUAUAGCGUCUACUUAGUUCUACACUAUUUAUACGAGGUUACCCCAGGCUUGCCAGGCUGCCACACGCCGCAUCACCGUUACCAGAGCCACCACGGUAACCUACACCAUCAUCACGGCCACAAUCAUAACGGUGCCGGACAGCAUCAGCCGCUGCAGCGGCAUGCCACGGGCCCUGGAGCUGGUGGAACGAAUUGGGCUGCCUGCGGAAAUGGGCCGGUGAGCAUUGGCCCAACUGGAGGUGGGCAACGUAAGGGCGGCGACUCUACUCCGGGGCCUGUGGUCUCACGACACGCUCCGGCCAGGGACAAUUCGCCAUCACCUCCACAAGUGUCAGGCAGCGCUCACCAUACUCAGACGCACAAUGUACCUCAUGGGCAUGGUACCGGUCACUCACAGCAACAAACGCAUCAUAAUCAGCCGCACUCGGGUCAUCAUCUUACUUCAGGACAGAACCAUGCUAGCAGACGGGGACACGACACUACCACUGGAGAGACAACAAAUCCGGCAACCGGUGGCGGCAGGGCAGGGGAAGAAGCUAGAGUGAAAGGCACAGGUCUCAGAGCUGGUGAACAGGCCGUAGGAGCUGAAGCUACUGGUUCUGGACAUGGUGGUGGGGCCGCUGCAGCGGGUCGAUAUUUCGAUGAUAUGGAGACUCAGAUGAUCGUCAAGGUGUUCCGCGACUUCUUUAACAAGGGUAGUUGUCCCAGCCUUAGCGAAGUCCGACGUCGUAUUGUCAAUACUCUUCUUCAGGGACGUCGCAACGCUACUAGCGUGCGUGCCAAGGUCAAGCGACUGCAAACCAGCGGCCGGUGGACCGAUUUUACAGCAGCUGCAGCACUAUUCUUUGAUCUUCCUAUUAUUACGGCUGUUGAAAUUCUCCCGGAUUUAGGCGCUGGUUAUGGCCGGUUUUUCAGUUCCUAUGCUUAG